AUGACUAUCAUUGUUGCGGAUGAUUCACAACAACCAAUACCAAUAAAGAAAGAUCAUGUCAAAUAUUAUACAAUGUCAUUUAGAGACGGUAGUUAUCCAGGAAUUAAUUUGGCAUUGUCACAAGUGGAGACAAAAUAUGUACUUUAUGCAGACGAUGAUUAUGUGUUCACAAACGAGACACGACUUGAAUUGAUGCUUGAAAAACUUGAAAAUCCACAUGCCAAUAUAGAUAUAGUUGUACCCAACGUGAUCGGUCUACCUAACAUGAGUGCUCUGUUAAAAUUUGGAUUCCAUGAACAUGGAAUCUGUGGCCUUGGUGUUCGCGGAAAGGUGUCACGUGAUUAUUUAAUGGUACCCCAAUACCCGCAAUGUAAAUACGGUGAUUUCUUCGAAAAUGUGUUAUUGGCUAAAACUGUGAUAUAUCGAAAAAUUGGCUACUACCCUCCCAUCAAACCUUGCACGCACGUGGAGUUUUGGACGAACGCAAUCGGGAAAGCUCGCAUCGUGCUGUGCGAUGACGUCAGAAUAUUACACAAACAUGGUUUUAAUCGGGUUUAUAACAAAUUUCGUGUAGAAACGUUAAAUAUUGAGAAAAAACGAGACCCUUCCCCUUUGUUUGAAAAUGAUCUAUGUUAUUCGCAUAACUACGAUUUCCCUAUGUCUAAAGAAGACGUCAUGCACUAA